GUCUGGGCUGGCGGGUUUCAUUUGUCUUUUGGGGGACAGCUGUUAGUUAGCCCCCAUUGUAGUGAUGCCCCGCUGGCUUCUCCCGUGACUCCCUUUGCGUCUGCCAUAAGUAACAUCGGGCAGGCCCUACGCCCACCAUGCGCUCCACAGCGUCUGGCUUUGUCAAUGCAUUGUGUCCUCAAAGUGAGGAAUGACAUUUAUGACAGAUGCCCGCCACUCCUAAAAACGCUGCCUUUAACUACACGAUCAAAGCUGACCAAGUGGCAGACGGGCCUCGAGGGCUCAGCGUCACAUUCUGGUGCUGAGCAGGAGCAAACGCCAUCGUGUGUUGUCCCCCUUAACAUGUCAGACAAAGGGUGUAAACGUCGGCAUCGGGCCUGGCGUGCGGACCCUUGUGUCGGUGACAGUGUGCUUGUGCUGAUUGGAGGAACAGUCGUGUGAAGUGUCACACCCGCGCGGUCCAGCAUUCAACGCACACACCCACGGCUAAGUGCCCCCAGAUUGAUGGCGACCAGUGCCCGGGCACACGUGAAGGUUUGGGCCGGCAGAAGCAGAACUCUCUGGGAGAUCGACAUGUGACUUCAGAGGGAAACCUGCGCGGUUCUGUCACACACGUCCAAGGGUGACCCACGCCAGUCCAGGCUGCGGGUGACAGAGAAGGGGCCUCUUACCUCCAAAGUGUCACCUGGCUGGCUGAUCCUGACUCCCAUUAUUGCCACCCUCUUUAAACGAUUGUCCCUUGUGCUCUUUCAUUAUAAGAAGGCCUGUCCUGUUCAUUUGGCCAGGGGUUUAUCGACUCCCCUCUCCCUUUGAGACUUUGCCUGCCCCUUGACUUUGGAGACCAGGCUGUUUCUGAGCUUGUGACGCCUGCCUCAGAGUACCGGCCUGAUUACGGGGGGCCUUUUAUGAUUUUGGGGGGCCGAGUUAAUCUUAACGUCGCUCCAGCUUAUGUUGUGUUGUUUUGUUUCUUUUCGGGCAGGUAAAGCCUGGCUGGUGCUGUUGGCCAUCUUCCUCAUCACCUUCAUGUCAUACCUGAUGAGAUGUCAAUGGUUCCCUCGCCUCUCUACCGGUGGUCUCAAACCCAGAUACAUGAGGUGCAUUGAGAAUGGAUCUGCUGUUGCCCACCAAGAUGAAGAUGACGUGAUGUUCAGUGCAGACGCCUCGGAGAGCUGGACUUCUAAGCAGCCGCGUGUUUUGGAGCCCAGGAGACGAGACGUCAUGACAGUGACGCCCUGGCUGGCACCCAUCGUCUGGGAAGGGACCUUCAACCAGGAGGUGAUCGACAGGAUCUACAGGAACGUAAAUCUGAAGGUCGGGGUCACCGUCUUCGCUGUGGGAAAGUACAUCAGGUUCCUCCACGGCUUCUUGGAGACGGCCGAGAAGCACCUGCUGCAGGGGUACCAGGUGCACUACUACAUCUUCACGGACAAGCCCAGCAACGUGCCCCAGGUGGAGCUGGCACCGGGCAGAGCCCUCACUGUCGUUCAGGUGACCAAGUAUGCUCGCUGGCAGGAGAUCUCCCUCAGGAGGAUGGAGAUCAUCAAACACACAAUCCAGGAUUGGCUCCUGCAGGAGGUGAACUUCCUCUACUGCCUCGACGUGGACAUGCUCUUCCACCACCACUGGGGGGCGGAGGUCCUCGGCAGCCUCGUCGCCGCCAUCCACCCGGGUUAUUACAAAGUGCACCGCAGCGUCUUCCCGUAUGAGCGCCGCUCCACCUCUACUGCUUACGUCCCCAUAGACCAGGGUGACUUCUACUACGCGGGUGCCAUGUUUGGGGGGUACGUGAAAAACGUCCUCAGGCUGACAGAAGCCUGCCACGCGGCCUUGCUCACCGACAGGCUCAACGCUAUCGAAGCGGCCUGGCAAGAGGAGAGCCACCUGAACCGAUACCUGCUGCACCACAAGCCAACCAAAGUGCUGUCCCCAGAGUACCUGUGGGAUGACACCAAGCAGCAGCCCCCCGAACUCAAGGUCAUCCGGUUCUCGACAGUCAUUAAGAACAACGCUAAAGUCCGGGAAAACGCCUAGGGGGGCAUGGUGCCAACCACCUUCAUUUGAGUGUCCAACACCUCCUCAGCAGGCAUCCUCCAAAAACACGAAACGCUAACCUGCACACCCGUGCCCCCUUCAGGCCUGUGCCAGGGCUACUGACGCAGAGCCCACUAAAAUGGACAGAGAUCUCAGCAGUAACAGGCACAGGGCAGAAGGGGGCGCCGGUGCGCAGAAGUCACAAACGUAAUAAGAGGGCACCAGGGCACCACCUGGUGGUAAUGAGGUCCAUCAACAUGCCCACCUCAACUGUCACCUACACUCGCAGGGUACAGCAUAUAGAGUGCCAUCUUAGGAGCAAAGGGGGAGUCCACCGUGGGGUCACUCAGUCUGAAUCAGCCAGGUGAAGGACUGGCAAAGGGGGCAGCGUAUAGCGCCUUACCGAGGAGACCUUACACCAAUCACACUGAAGCUACAGCCGAUCAGUGACCAGAGCGCCCCCUUGUGGCCAACGCGGCUUGAGACAUUUCAAGGAUGCUUUUCUUUUGACGGUGAA